AUGGAAACGCCCAACUUCGACACGGAUCUUCCCCGCUAUUUCCCCGUGCAUCUGAGCCUCCGUGUCAACACGGAAUUCUCGUCGGUGCUGCUUCUCAACCAGAUCGAUGACCAGCUUCUCAUGCUCAAAAGAACCACAGACCAGUACCUAGAUUACGUGGGAUCGAAUCCGCAACUUGUCCCGAAACCUGAGUGCACUCGCUUCCUCAACACGCAGCUCACGUCGUUCGUGCAGCUUUUUGGCGCCAAGUUCCGGCUCCAGACGCUCCAAAGUGCCUUGAAAACGGCCCAUCGUGAGUUUGUCGACAGCAGAAGACACGAGCAGGACUUGAGUCUCGCCAACUACCAUGUGUACCAGGAUGUGGACAAGGCCAACUUUGCUGAUCGCAUAGUGGAUGAGUUGCACGAGACACUUGAAGGUCCGAACAAGCUUUCCUUUGACGAAAUUCUCCGGGCAGACUCAAUGUACCAGUAUCUCAAGAAUGCCCAGUUUGUGCUUGAAAAUCCAGAAGACCCGAUCCCGGAGGACCAGGAAAACGAGGAGUUGGCCGUGGCCGGCGGCAAGAUAUCUCUCAAAGACCCGCUCUCCUUGAAUUACUUUGUGGAGCCCAUGAUCUCCCGCAAAUGUGGACAUGUGUUUGAACGCGAACAUAUCAUGAAGCUGUUGGAAGCGCAUCUGCAAAUCAAUUGCCCAGUAACAGGGUGCCAGGCCCGGGUUUCGCGUGCUGAUCUACGUGAAGACAAGUUGAUGGCGUUGAGGGUAAAAGUGCAUCGGGCUCGGGACAGGCCCAGAAGAGAAAAAUCGCCCGUGGUGCGUAUAUGA